AUACAUUUUACAUACAUGUCCUUGCCACAGUAAACACCUCUUACGUCUUUCUACUCAGAAAUUUCUCGACCUCCUUUUUUUUUUUGACGGGAAUUUCUCGACCUCCUUAUUCCUUAUAAAUUCAAACUCACUCUUUCCCAACAAAUAUUAUUUCUCUCUUCUCAAAAAAAAAAAAAACAAAUAUUAUUUCUCUACCACCGCAUUUUUUGAGAGAAAAAAGAGGCCAAACUAACAUUUUUCAUUGCUUAGGGUUUUCUUGAUCGAUCAUUUGAUCGAUCUUCCACGCAACUUAUCUUUCGGAUACUUUUGUUAGAGUUUUGACAAAAUGACAAUGACAUUUGGUGAUGGUCAAGAAACCGACAAGAACAUUGCAAUCUGGAAGAUCAAGAAGUUGAUCAAAGCGUUGGAAGCUGCGAGAGGAAAUGGCACCAGCAUGAUAUCAUUGAUCAUUCCUCCACGUGAUCAAAUAUCCCGAGUUACCAAAAUGCUUGGUGAUGAAUUUGGAACUGCAUCCAAUAUUAAAAGUAGGGUUAAUCGUCAGUCUGUACUUGGUGCCAUCACAUCUGCUCAGCAAAGAUUGAAGCUUUACAACAGGGUGCCCGCCAAUGGACUUGUUCUUUACACAGGUACAAUUAUAACUGAAGAUGGCAAAGAAAAGAAAGUUACUAUUGACUUUGAACCUUUCAAGCCCAUCAAUGCAUCUCUUUACCUUUGUGACAACAAGUUCCAUACCGAAGCUCUCAAUGAACUGCUUGAAUCUGAUGACAAAUUUGGGUUUAUUGUGAUGGAUGGGAAUGGAACCCUUUUUGGGACUCUUAGUGGCAACACUAGAGAGGUGCUUCACAAAUUUAGCGUUGACUUGCCAAAGAAACACGGCCGAGGUGGUCAGUCAGCGCUGCGGUUUGCACGUCUUCGAAUGGAGAAGCGCCAUAAUUAUGUGAGGAAGACAGCAGAGCUUGCUACACAGUUUUACAUCAAUCCACAAACCAGCCAACCUAAUGUUUCUGGGCUUAUUCUUGCUGGUUCUGCUGAUUUCAAGACUGAGCUCAGUCAAUCAGACAUGUUUGAUCCUCGGCUUCAAGCAAAGAUACUAAAUGUUGUGGAUGUUUCUUAUGGAGGGGAAAGUGGUUUCAAUCAAGCAAUUGAGCUGUCUGCUGAAAUUCUUGCCAAUGUGAAGUUUAUCCAAGAGAAGAAGUUGAUUGGGAAGUACUUUGAGGAAAUUAGUCAGGAUACAGGGAAGUAUGUUUUUGGAGUGGAUGACACGCUGAAAGCUUUGGAGAUGGGUGCAGUGGAGACACUGAUUGUUUGGGAGAAUUUAGAUAUAAUGAGGUUUGAGCUGAAAAAUAUUGUUACAGGUGAGUUAAUCGUCAAACACUUGAACAAGGAGCAGGAGGCUGAUCAGAACAACUUCCGCGAUUCAGAAACUGGGGCUGAUCUGGAAAUUCAGGAGCAAAUGCCAUUGUUGGAGUGGUUUGCUAAUGAGUAUAAGAAUUUUGGUUGUUCUCUUGAAUUUGUUACCAACAAAUCACAAGAAGGGUCACAAUUCUGCCGUGGUUUUGGUGGGAUAGGUGGGAUCCUACGCUACCAGUUGGACAUGAGGUCCUUUGAUGAGUUCUCUGAUGAUGGAGGAGUCUAUCAGGAUUCUGACUAGCAAUUAACUUCCUUUUCUUCAUUACCUGUGCCGGGGGUGGGAAAAAUCCCCUGCACUGGUGAACGAGCUGUCGGGGUCAGUUUGGCAGCUGCUGCUCAGUCAAAAUGUGACCAGUUGUCAACAAUAUUAAAUGAGGCGGAUCUUGUUACACUCACUGGUCUUGCUAUGCAAGGUGGAGAUGCAAGUGGUGCUUAUCAGCAUGGACAACUUCCUACCUUUGAUGGAGACUUUGCUGCCUCACUAGUGCACAUGUGCCACUCUUGCACCAUUGAGCAAGCUGCUGGGGUUAGUUUGGCAGCUGCUGCUUGGUCAGAAUAUGACACGAUGUCAACAAUAUUAAAUUAGGAUGGAUCUUGUUGAGCUUUCUGGUCAAGUGACGGGAGGUGGAGAUGCAAAUAUCGCCAAGCAGCAGCAUUCGACACUUGUUUACUGAGGAGGCAGAACUUUAUGUGUUCUGUUUGCUGUAAAAUUUCCGUGAGGUGGGCAAAUCAACUGUUGGGCUACAUGCUUGGGCUUGAUUUUUCCUAUCGAUAAGAGGCGGAACACUUCGUCUCUGGUUAGACUGUUUCAGGGUUUGAUGAAUAGCCUAGACCAUUCCCGUUUUUAGCAUGUUAUGAUGUUUGCUACGUAAGUUUUUUUUUUUUUUUUUUUUUUUUUAUUUUGGUACCUUUUGAGCCAGCAGCUAUGAUUCUUAUGUGAGGAUGGCAACAGACAUGAGGCUGGGAGCGUGGUUUCUAUGCUUGCUGGAUAUGUUAGUUUGAAUAAAAUCUAAUGAACUUCAUUUGUGCAUUGUGCUGUGUUUAUUUGUAUGAUUUUAAUUUGCUGGGCGAAGUGCAAUUAAAUUUCUACUUUUCAAACUGAUGGAAGUAGACUAUUGUGCUGA